AUGUCCAGCUGGCUGCCACCAGGAUCACAGACGACGCCAUCUGCUGCCCAAGGCUCAAAGGAUCAUGCCCCAGUCAGAGGCGACUCUCGUGGUGGAAGGGGUGGUCGAGGCGGCAGGGGCGGUCCCCCAGGACGCGGUGGUCCUGCUUCUCGUGGUCGAGGCGGUGUAGCCAGAGGCGGCGCCAACCAUCGUACCGACAGCCCUCGCCCCGCGUCCACAGCCCCCACAGCCAACGGCGCAACCCCAGACAGCACUCCAGCGGCACAAGCCACCAACAAAUCAGCCAUCGCAGACAAAGAGGCACAUGACCAGCAAAACGCUGUCACCCCAUCCACCUCUGGAUGGACCGAGGCCUCGUCGUCCCAGCCAGAAACUUCAACUUCGACGACUUCAGUCUCUGCCGCCGCACAGCCCUCGACAUGGAACCAGGACCCUUCCGCUGCUGCUGCUCCCAAUGGAUUAGCCGCCACUCCUGUCCACGCGCCUACUGCAAGACAGCCCAUCAAGCCUGCUACGACAAAACUCUCUUGGGCUCAGAUUGCUAGUAAGCCGCAGGAGAAACCCGCUCCUCCUCCUCCCGCACCCGCACCUGCCCCUGUCCCAGUUGCUCAGCCAACUCCCCCUGCGCCAGAGGUCAAGGAGGCUCCUCCUGCAGUUCGAGAAGAACCUACAACCGUUCAGGCACCCGUUUGGGAUGACGAGCCGCCCGUCAAGGCAGAACCUGUAAAGGAAGAACAGCCUCAGCCCAAGGCCGAACCCGAGCCAGUUCCUGCAGCCAAACCAGAGCCUAAACCAGAAGCCGCUGCUCCUGCUCCUGAACCGCCUCGAGAAGAACCGGCCCAGGCCAAACCAGAGCCCAAACCAGCUGCUCCAGUGCCUGCAUCCGCUACUCCCCAACUCCCCGCCCACACAACCGCAACUCCCUCCCCCAAACUCGCUUCUCGAUCUGCUGCUGGCGUUCGCGCUGGCCCACGAUACAAGGUCACGGACCAGCCCGUUGUCAUGCCAAGCUCAUUUGGCGCUGGCAUUGAAAAGGUUGGCAUGCAGUUCGGUAGCUUGAGCCUUGGCGGCGAAUCGCUGAGCGAAUCCACCCCUGCUGAGCCUGAAACUCCAGCUGCUGCUCCCACACAGGAACCUCCCGCCCCCAAAGCCGAGACCAAACCCGCAUUCGAACAAACGCCCAACCCCCCUCCUGCCACUGCCCCCGCUGCUUCAGGCUCUCUCGGCUCCGUCUUCCAACAACAGCAACAACAACCCCUCCCACAAGCUGCUCCCGCUCAAGCUGCUGCGCCUCAACAAACUCACCAAUCCAUUCCCAGCUCCGUCUCCCAACCCAUUCACUCCACUCAAUCUGCCUUGCCCUCUCACGCAUCUGUCAACGCCUCCCUGGGACAAUUCUCUCAACAACAGCCACAGCAGCAACAACAACAACACCAGCCCGUUGCUCAACAACAGCAACAGCAACAACCUCCCCUGUCGACCAACCAUCAACAACUUCCCCAUCUCCAACACCAUCUACCACAACAGCUCCAGUCUCACGGCCACCAAUCCUAUGGCCAACACAACUUGCCUUCUCAGCUCGAUGGACCUUCUCAGAUCCAGCCCACCGUCCAGCAGCAACAACCCGCUUUGCAAAACACCUCGCACUCGAGCUACUUCAGGCAAAGCGAGGCUUCUGCUCCUUACUUCAACACCCCCACUCCCCCUACUACCCAGGCUCAGGAUACUCCUUACGGUGCCUUUGGUCAGCUGAAUGCUCAGAACCAGCACCAGACUUCCCACUCGAGUGCGUUUGGAUCCAACGACUACGGUUAUGACAAUCAACGCACUGGAUUCGGUGGUCGCAACGUUCUCGGACACGAGGACAACAAGGGACCUGCCUCGCAAGCCUCAGCCAACAGCGUCCUCCCUCCCAGCGCUCAGGCCUCCCAGCAACAGAAUGCUGGACCUACCCAACAAACUGGCGCCGGUCCUCAGCAAGGAUACGCUCCUCCUCACGUCCCAUACUACUACUCUCCCUAUGGGCCCCAGAACCAGUACUUUGGCAGCCCCUACAGCUCCGGGUACGGUCUCCCCCAGCCCUUCGUCAAAUACCCCAUGUUCCAGCCUGGCCCUCCAGGCCCUGGAUCCGGUCCUAACCCCGCCAACAAGCAGCCCGGCAGUAACGUCGGUGUCGGCCUCCAACCGCAGAGCAACCCCUACGCAAGCCAAGGUCUCUACCAGGGCUACGACGACUACCAGACCCACCCUCACCAACAACAGCACCAGCAAUCACACAACCUUGGUCUCGGCCAGAGCGGUGUUGGCGUCGGUAGCGGCGAGUAUGGCAAGCAGCUGUAUGGAAGCUCCGGUGGCAUGCAAGGUUUCAUGGGCUUGGGUAGCCAGUCGACCGGUGUAGGUGGACCCAACUCGUCUGCCAACGCUCCUCGUGGCGGUGGCCAGUCUCCCGAAGCUGCCUACAAGCCCUACGGCAGCAAGGACGUUGGCGGCGGUGUUGGAGGGCGCAGCGGAUCUGUACAGCAGCCUAGCCAAGUCCAAGGCCAGCCUCAAGGUCAAGGACAAGGCCAGGGUGGACAGGGCGGCCCUCAAGGCCAAGGAUUCUAUGGCGGACACCGCUUCGGUUCGGGUGUCGGAGGCGGUGUUGGUGGUGUUGGCAGCAAUGUUGGAGGACCUCAGCAGGGUGGACAUCAUCAAAGCGGACCUCAGGGUCACUUGAACUACUCCCAGAGCGGCAAUGACGGCAACUUCUACCCGUACCGACAGAAUGCUGGUGGGUACUGGCAGUAA